CUGCUUACUUAGCAGCUAAUACAAAGAAGGACGAUUAUUCAUCUGACAUAUAAAUUGGCUCAGUGAUUUAUUGUUUUGGCUCCACUCGGCAGCCGCUCACAGCUCCCGUCACAACUUAGGCCUCUCGGUGUUGUUUACAUUCGACUCUGUGAGGAAACAGAGGAGGGGGAGGCAGAGUUCAGAGACGAUCUUUGCUCUCACAGCGAGUCCUGCAGCUCUCAGUGCAACCCGGGCCACCAUGUUUGUUUCUAUAAUCCUCCUGUGGCUUUGCGUUUGGUUCAUCGUCCUCCAACUGAAAUCCCGGAGGCCCAAGAACUUCCCACCGGGACCUCCUGCCCUGCCCAUCCUGGGGAACCUCUUAAAUCUGAGCCUGGAGAAUCCUCUGAAGGAUUUUGAGAGGCUGAGGAAGAAGUAUGGAGACGUCUACAGCCUCUUCCUCGGCCCCAAACCUAUGGUCAUCCUCAACGGGCAGAGUGCGAUAAAGGAGGCUCUGGUGACCAAGGGGAUUGAUUUUGCUGGACGACCUGAUGACCUGUUCGUCAAUGACGUCACGCAGAGGAGAGGUGUGAUCCUUGCAGACUUUGGCCCCAGCUGGAGGGAUCACCGUCGCUUUGCUCUGACCACGAUGAGGAAUUUCGGCCUGGGGAAGAAUUCAAUGGCGGACAGGAUCCAUGGAGAGCUACAAUACACUGUGGACGCACUGGAAAAAAACAUUGGAAAGAGCGUGAGUCCAGGCAUUCUCUUUUAUAACAUGGCCUCCAACAUCAUAUGCCAGGUUCUGUUCGGAACUCGCUUCGAGUACGAGGACGAGUUCAUCAAAGUGAUCGUUCGCUGCUUCAGAGAAAACGCCAAGAUAACAAACGGACCCUGGGCGAUGUUGUACGACUCUUUUCCACUGAUCCGUAACUUGCCGCUGCCUUUCGUCAAGGCCUUUGAAAAUGUUAAGGUUACCAUGGCGUUUGGACGUGCUUUGGUGUCCGAGCACAAGAACACCAAAGUUCCUGGAGAUCCACGAGACUUAGUUGAUUGCUAUCUGGACGAACUGGACAAGAGAGCCGGAGAGGAUUCGAUACUAUCAGAGGAGGAACUCGUUUCGGUUUCUCUUGAUCUUCACUUUGCUGGAACUGACACGACCUCCAACACCCUGCUUACUGGUUUCCUCUACCUCAUGGCCUUUCCACACAUACAAGAGCGUUGCCAGCAGGAGAUAGACGAGGUGCUGGGAGGGAAGCAUCCGGUCACAUUUGAGGACAGACAUAACAUGCCAUACAUGCAGGCUAUGAUCCAUGAAGUGCAGAGGAUAGCCAACACUGUUCCACUCAGCGUCUUCCACUCGACGACCAAAGACACCGAGCUCAUGGGAUACUCCAUUCCCAGGGGUACGUUGAUCAUCCCUAACCUGGGCUCAGCCCUGAAAGAGGAGGGACAAUGGAAAUUCCCUGAUGAAUUCAACCCAGAAAACUUCCUCAACGACAAGGGAGAGUUUGUCAAACCCGAGGCCUUCCUGCCUUUCUCUGCAGGUCCUCGGAUGUGUCUGGGAGAGGCUCUGGCUCGUAUGGAGCUUUUCCUCAUCUUGGUGACUCUGCUGAGGAAGUUCAGGUUUGUCUGGCCUCAGGACGCAGGAGAGCCAGACUUGACUCCGGUCUACGGGGUCACCCUGUCUCCCAAACCUUACUGCAUGAAUGUCCAGCUCAGGGCGACACAGGGGAGGCAGAGUUCAGAGACGAUCUGUGCGCUCACAGCGAGUCCAGCAGCUCUCAGUGCAACCCGGGCCACCAUGUUCAUUUCUAUAAUCCUCCUGUUCGUUUGCAUUGGGUUCAUCAUCCUUCAACUUAAAUCCCGGAGGCCCAAGAACUUCCCACCGGGACCCCCUGCCCUGCCCGUCCUGGGGAACCUCUUACAUCUGAGCCUGGAGAAUCCUCUGAAGGAUUUUGAGAGGCUGAGGAAGAAGUAUGGAGAUGUCUACAGCCUCUUCCUCGGCCCCCAACCCAUGGUCAUCCUCAAUGGGCAGAGUGCGAUAAAGGAGGCUCUGGUGACCAAGGGGAUGGAUUUUGCUGGACGACCUGAUGACCUGUUCAUCAAUGACAUCACCCAGAGGAGAGGCGUUCUCCUGGCGAACGUUGGCCCCAGCUGGAGGGAUCACCGUCGCUUCGCUCUGUCGACCUUGAGGAACUUUGGUAUGGGGAAGAAUUCAAUGGCGGACAGGAUCCAUGGAGAGCUACAAUACAUUGUGGAGGCAAUGGAAAAAAACGUUGGCAAAAGCGUGAAUCCUGCAAUUCUGGUUUACAACACGGCCUCCAACCUCAUAUGCCAAGUUCUGUUCGGAACUCGCUUCGAGUACGACGACGAGUUCAUCAAAGUCAUCGUUCAGUGCUUUAGAGAAAACGCCAAGUUAGCAAACGGACCCUGGUCGUUGAUGUAUGACUCUUUUCCACUGAUUCGUAACUUGCCGCUGCCGUUCGCCAAGGCCUUUGAAAAUUUGAAGACUGCUGUGAAAUUUUCACAUAAAUUCCUGGACGAGCACAAGAAAACCAGAGAUCCUGGAGAUCCAAGAGACUUCGUUGACUGCUAUCUGGACGAACUGGACAAGAGAGCUGGUGAGGAUUCCCCAUUUUCAGAGGAGGAACUCAUUUCGAACUCCCUUGAUCUUCACUUUGCUGGAACUGACACGACCUCCAACACCCUGCUCACUGCUUUUCUCUACCUCAUGGCCUACCCACACGUACAAGAGCGUUGCCAGCAGGAGAUAGACGAGGUGCUGGAAGGGAAGCAUUCAGUCACGUAUGACGACAGACAUAACAUGCCAUACAUGCAGGCUAUGAUCCAUGAAGUUCAGAGGAUAGGCAACAUCGUUCCACUCAGCAUCAUCCACUCAACGACCAAAGACACAGAGCUCAUGGGAUACUCCAUUCCCAGGGGUACGUUGGUCAUCCCUAACCUUGGCUCGGCCCUGAGAGAGGAGGGACAAUGGAAAUUCCCUGAUGAAUUCAACCCAGAAAACUUCCUCAACGACAAGGGAGAGUUUUUCAAACCCGAGGCCUUCCUGCCUUUCUCUGCAGGUCCUCGGAUGUGUCUGGGAGAGGGUCUGGCUCGUAUGGAGCUCUUCCUCAUCUUGGUGACUCUGCUGAGGAAGUUCAGGUUUGUCUGGCCUCAGGACGCAGGAGAGCCAGACUUGACUCCGGUCUACGGGGUCACCCUGUCUCCCAAACCUUACUGCAUGAAUGUCCAGCUCAGGGCGACACUGUAAGAAGCUCUUAUAAUCCAGUCGAUAUUAUCUUAGCUACCUCACAUUAGCUUUUGAAUCAGAUCCUUGUAGCUUGUCUAUUUACAAAAAUAACUCAUCGUAAAUAUUCUAUGAUUGUAUCAAAUGCAUCUUUAUUUGUAAGUGAUCGAUCGGAUUGAAUAAACUGCAAUAUUGAGACAAAA